AUGGAUUUUAAAGCUAUCAUAACGCGCAACACACGCGGUACGCAAAGCUUGCGCCCAAUCAAUCUGGUAGAUACAUGCGACGCGGUUACUGCUUUGUUCAAUACUUUGGCAACAACGAUGGCCUACGGUUACAUGAAAUUGCUAUUUUAUGGUCAUGAUGUACUACUACUGCUGAUUUGUGAGUUGCGUGAUCGUGAUUGGCAGAAUGAGGAAGAACUCCGCCUUGUUUAUUUGCAAGAGUAA